AUGCCGUGGCCAUACGUGUGUGACAACGAAGAUGAGGAUGUCACUUCCAUCCAUCCUGACUCAACAGAUGCAUAUCUCAACACUCCCUGUAUUUCAAGAACCGAGAUUCUGGCUGCAGGGGGUCUUCUUCAGUACUGGCAGAAUGCUCGUGCCACUCGUCCACGACUCGCACAAAUGGCACUUGAUUUUUUGUCUGCUCCAGGCCGUCUUCCGGUCAACCACCUCCAGCAUGGUGUUAGUUCGCAAACCUUCAAAGCUCAGAUGGCCGUGGGAUCAUGGUACAACACGCCUCUCAUGAGCGAUCUCGGUGCUGUCACGUCAAUCAUGCGGACGAAGAUGGUAAAUGGCAAAGGCAAGGCCUCAGGAAAGGGAAAGAGCAACGACAUUGUUAUUGACUCGAACUAA